CUGCAGGGAGAUUCCAUGGAAGUCAGUGUGAUUAGGGGAAACAAGACCGCGAAGUGGAACAUCCCCAAGGCUCUGCUCAGUCAUCAUUCUGAGUUCUUCCGCAAGGCUUGCAACGAAACUUUCAAGGAAGGCUUUGAGAACAAGAUUGUGUUGCCUGACUGCGAACCUCGGAUGUUCCAGAUCUUUGUGCAAUGGAUCUACUUCGACACACUCCCCGAAAUACUUAGCAUGGGCAUGAUGGACAACGUAUGGCGUGUAUUUCACCUGUGGGUACUCGGUGACCGGAUCUUGGCAAAGGAGUUCAAAAACAUGGUUAUGGAGAAAAUCUACAAGGUUUAU